UCAGCCGGAUCUGGAGCUCUCUGAUCAGUAGCUGGUGGCUCAGCCCUUGGUGAGGCUGCUUCACUCUGGCACAGCCCACUGUAGAGACACCAGGGCAAGGCGUACAACAUGAUCCAUCCAUGGUGCCCACUGAGCUAGUAUUUGCAGACACCUUAGCUGGCGGAGGUGGGAGAGGAGGACGUGCCUUGCAUUGCUGCCUGGGAAAUGGGUAACCAGGUGGAGAAACUGACCCAUCUAAGUUACAAAGAAGUCCCAACUGCAGAUCCCACAGGGGUGGAUAAGGACGACGGACCUAGAAUCGGAGUCUCCUACAUCUUCUCUGCUGAUGACGAUGACUUGGAGGAGCCAGGACAUGACCCCGACAAGCAAAGAUCUCUCCAAGAAGAUCUGCAAUACGAUCACUGCAAUGAGGUGGAGUGUUCGGUUUAUUAUAGGGAUGAAUGUAUUUAUGAAAAGGGGUUUGGGGCCGGGGACCAGCUGAGCACUUACUCCCCUGAGAACCUAUUGAAUAAAUGCAAGCCUGGGGACCUGGUGGAGUUUGUAGCCAAGAACCAGUAUCCCCACUGGGUGGUGUACGUGGGUGACUUUCAAGUGGUACAUUUAUACAGACUGGAGAUCACCAACAGCUUUAUGACUGAGGCCAGCCAGGGCCGGAGGGGCAGGAUUGUCAACGACCAAUAUAAAUUCAAACCACUGUGCCCCGAGAUGGUGGUACAGAAUGCCAUGGAGCAGGUAGGGGCGAAAGACCAGGAGCUGAGCUGGAGGAACUCUGAGUGCUUUGCAGCUUGGUGUCGAUAUGGAAAAAGAGAGUUCAAGAUAGGAGGUGAGAUCAGGAUAGGCAAACAGCCCUACAGGUUAAAGAUCCAGCUGUCCGAAAAGAAAAGCCACACGUUGGAAUUUCAAAGCCUGGAGGAUCUGGUCAUGGAACGGAGGAGGAACGAUCAGAUCGGAAAGACGGCGGUUCUCCAGGAACUCUCCAACCACCUCCACGCUGAAGAUGAGGUCAGGACUGAUCACAAUGCCAGCUGAUGGAUUAAAACUGAAGGCUGCGAAAUUGAGAUGUUAUAAGCCCCUUUGGGCUGAUUCACAGCGGUUUUAUUCAAAUGGGUUGUGAAAGGAAAGCUGAUUAGUUCUGCUUCGGCGUUAACCCUUUGCGCCUCUCCCUGGUUUACUGCAGAGACCAGUUGACAGAUUUGGAGCCCAUGUCGUAAAUUAUUUGCCCGAAAAAGCACUAUGCAUUCAGCUUGCAAAUUUAUAUUUUUUUUGAAGUCUGGUAACAAAAGGUUCAGUCCCUUUGCAAACCUUGCAUCCAAUGAAUUCCGUCUCCGCUAACGAAUCACUUUCUAAUAUCUGAUUAACGCAUCUUCCUUUGCAUUUCUAAAACCAAAUAUUAGCACAGAAAUUUUUUGUAUUUCCUUAAAUUUGAUUAUUAUUUUUUUUGUACUAUAUAUUUAAGGUGAACCUCCUUGGCGCAGCUGUGAAGUUUUCAUAACGUAAAAUGUCUUAUCUUAGCUUCGUAUUUGCAUAAUGGUCACAUUUCGUGCCGCAUAAAAAUGAUUUGUACACUUUAAUUUUGGGAAAUGGACCGCUGGGCUCGAAAAAGGUUGGGGAGGGGGAGUAAAUCAUCCGUUCUCAUCUAGUAAACAUCGGGAAGACACUGUAAUGUUCAUGCUACUGCAGUUUUCCUGCCAGGUUGAUGCUUUGAGGAAUUUAUUUUUCUUUAUUUAUUUUUGUACAUGAGGAGUUUAACCCUUUGUGCCUCGAGGGGCUGGUUGAUGAGUUUAGAGGGGGGUGUGUGCACUGGGUUCACUGACUCGCUGAGUGAAGUGUUUUCAUUGGAGGUCUUACUGGGUGAUGAGUGUCUCAGGAGGGACAUGUAUCAAGGCAUUUGAAUUUCCUAGUGGUUAGUGUUAGUCUGCGGGAAUGUCUGCAGCAUAUUGCACUCCAUAUUUUAAAAAAAUAUAAAAAAAUUAAAAUUCUGGCUGAUAUGAAUUACAAAGCAGGCAUCAAUAAUUCAUUACAUACUGCAGUGGUCCUUACACCUGUGGCUCUCCAGCUGUUGCAAAACUAGACAUCCCAGCGUUCUCUGACAGACUGCAGUUUUGGCUCGUGCACAGUACCGUGCUCUGUCUCCCGGAUCGAGCAUGGUUGUGUGCAUGACCCCUAAGGCAUGCUGGGAGUUGCAGUUUUCCAACUACUAGAGAGCGACAGGUUUGAGAUAGUUGACCUACAGUAAAGGAGAUGCCCAUUGUAGAUAACGGCCCAGUCUAAGUAAGGGUAUGUUCAUACAGUGUGGUCAAAUCGUGGUAUGUUGCUGCGACCAUCACAAAAUUGUUGCAUUGUUUAAUUGUUGCAUUUUUCCACAAUUUCGCAGCAAUUGAACUGUAAUUUGAUCACACUAUGUGGGUGUAUUGACCUUCAAAAUUUUUUACAUAAGGUCCUUUUGCACUAACUAACAAUUAGGUCAAUUAUCGGGGAUGAGCAGGUGUCAAAACGCUCAUUCCUGAUCAUUGACCUGUGUAAAAGGUGCUGGUGAACCAGCGCCAAAAAUCACCGUUAGGCCUCCUGCACACGAACGUGUGCUGCCCGUUGCCAUUUUGCGGAUCCCCAAUACACGGGCGCCGUUCCGUGGGCAUUCCGCAUCACGGAU